GGUGGAUAGCUAGAUAGAUAGCUGGAUUUUACUAGUUUAAUGUGAUUUAGAACACUUUAAAAUAAGAAAAAUAAUAAAAUGAAAAAUUAUUAUUAGUAUAAUUAUUAGUUUAAUAAUAAUAAUAAUAAUAAUAAUAAUAAUAAUAAUAAUUAUUAUUAUUAUUAUUAUUAUUAUUAUUAUUAUGAGCAGCAGUAGUUGUAGUGGUAGUGUUGGUUUGGAAAAGCCGUGCACACUCUUUGAGCACACUGAUUGGCUGCUGCCCCUAAAGUGGGCGUGGCUCUGCAGGACCGAUAGAAGCGAAGUCAAACUUGCCAAGUCAAACUUCCACAGCUGAAGCGCAGAGCAAGCAGAGAUAGAGACCCCCAGCCUCCUGCUGCUGCAGACCCCCUGCCCCCUGCCCCUGAACUGAGAGGAGAGCUGGAGUAGCCUGGUCUUUAGUCUGGAGUGAAUCGUACUGCUGUUCUAUAUGUUUUAUGUAUAGAAGUGAGGUUUGUAGGGUUGCCAGGUUGAGGAUGGAUGUAGUGUGGAGUUUAAACACUGUUCUGAGGGUAUCUCUGACUCUGCACGCGCUGCUGAGUCUCUGCUGUGAUGCUGCUCUGCUGGACUGGACUGAGGAGGGGUCUGGACCUCCAGAUCUUCCAGAUCUUCCGGACUCAGAGAAUGUGGAUCUACAUCUGAAUCCAUUUACCCAGAAGGUGGAUCUACUGAAGUACGUGUCCAGCCUGGUGCCGCACAGUAAGAACUCGUCUCUGUAUGAGGAUGAUGAUGGAUGUGCAGUGCUGAACGUUGGACUCUACUCAAUCCUGACCCUCCCUACACAACAAGCCUUUGGUCCAAGCUUUUCAGAUGAGUUCAGUGUUCUUCUUCAGCUGCGGAGCUCUCAGGAGGAGGAUCGUAGCAUCCUGACCAUUCUAGACUUCUACAAUCAGGUGAUGCUCCAGAUACGACUCAGUCCGUCCAGCUUCACUUUCAUCAUCGCCCAGCAGAGGGAUUAUGAGUUUGUGGUACCCGGCCUCUCUGAUUCACAGUGGCACUGGCUCUCAGUGGGGGUCUCUUUUGAGUAUCUGGUGGUGUACGUGGACUGUGUGCUGGUGGAGAAAGUCAGAUGGAUGUACCCCUACAUGGGCAUCACCACCGAAGGUCUGCUGAUGGUCGGGGGCAUUGCAGAGGGGUUUGAGACACCUUUUGAGGGAGAGCUGAGGCAGAUGAUGUUUCUGAUGGGGGAUGGAAGAGCUGCCAGCCAUCACUGCAGCCUCUACAGGCCUGUGUGUGAACCUUCAGUCCCAGAAUCCCAUUCUCCUGAAACUCAGCACAGCACUCAGACACCUUCAACACUGUCCUCAACCAGCCUCUGGAGCAACAAGGAACCUUUAUUUCCCCCAGAGUCCUCCACUGACCCAGGGGACCAUGGCAUCGGGGAAACUCCAAUCCAGCUCGGGCCUGAAGAUUGGGAAGCAGAUGUGCUGGAUCUUCUGGUUCCCGAAAAAGACACUUCCUCCCGCUCCCAGAGAGGAGACUUUAAUGGCUUUCGUGUGGUGGAGGAACGUGACCGGCUCAAAUCCCCUCACAUCACCUCACACGACAGGAUUAAGGAGAGCACUGACAAAAAGGCCCAGUCCACCUCGGCGAAAUCCACGGCGGAGAACUCGCCCUCGCCCUCGCUGAAAAGAAAAGCACACUUGGUUGAUGGUCUGUUGGAUGUUAUUCCUGCUAAGCCCUCGAGGGACAUCAUUGACCUGGAUUCUAAACCAGAUACAAGGCGUGAAAUGGAGAAGCUCAGUGAUUUGAACUUGACGGAGGAGAACCUGUUACCGUCUGUGAGGGCGAACAGCAGUCCCCCGUCACUUACAUCACUUACGCAGAAAAGCACGGAAAAGCCUGCGGAGAGCAGAGCGGCCGGCUCAGUGCACCCGGGCUCACAGAGGAGUUCAUAUAAACACGGUGAUGUAAUCUCAGCCUCUGACGGGAGGAGAUACAGACUGCUUAAAGGGCCUCAAGGGCCGGUCGGGCCUCCGGGGAAAAGAGGCUGUGCCGGGAACAGAGGACAUGUUGGAUUUAAGGGCGACAAGGGUUCUCAAGGUGAAAGAGGUCGAGAUGGGCCCACAGGAGAUCCAGGGCCUCCAGGACCACCAGGAUUACCUACAUUCUACCUGUGGAGAAACACUUUGGAGGAAUGGGCUGCAUUCAGGAGAACAGCGUAUUACCACUUGCUGGCAGCAGCCUGGCCUAGAGACAUGGGGCCUCCUGGAGCAAUAGGGGAGAUGGGGAGACCAGGACCACCUGGGAUUCCUGGAGACCCAGGAGAGAUGGGACGUCCAGGACGGCAAGGGGACAUGGGUGACAUGGGACCAAAGGGGGUGCGUGGUCGAGCAGGGCGAGCAGGAAGAGAUGGAGAGAACGGGGUAAAUGGAGAACCUGGGCUUCCAGGAAUACCUGGCCUACAGGGUCCUCGUGGUUAUAAAGGAGAAACAGUGCCCCCUGGAGACAAAGGAGAUCAGGGGUUUCCUGGAGCUCCCGGACCCAGUGGAGACAGAGGAGAGCCUGGACAGAAGGGCUCGAAGGGAGAAGAUGGCUUCAGUGGACCUGUUGGUCCUCCAGGCCCUAUUGGUGUAAGAGGAGCUGAGGGGAAUCCUGGACCACCAGGACCUGAGGGAGAUCCGGGGCGUGACGGGAAACGUGGUCCUCCAGGAGAAGUAGGAGCUCCUGGUGCUACAGGGAUGGUCGGGGCUCAGGGGGUUAAUGGCUCGGAUGGGGAUGUAGGACCUGUUGGCGCAGUGGGAAGAAAAGGUCCUCAGGGUUCUGCUGGUGUGGCGGGGGCUAGGGGCCAGCCUGGGCUACCAGGUCCACAGGGACUUCCAGGAAACGAUGGUCCACAGGGUCUCAAAGGGGACACAGGAAAAGAGGGUCCUAUGGGUAAUAGAGGACUGCAAGGCAUUGAAGGGCCGAUGGGAAUAAUUGGAGAUCUGGGUCCAAAAGGCCUUUCAGGAAACACUGGCAGCAGGGGUCUGGACGGAGAGCGAGGGGACCCAGGACCCAAAGGACAAAGAGGUCCACCUGGAGCACCUGGGAUUGUGGGUCCUCAGGGAGAGGGAGGUCCUUCUGGCCUUGUUGGCUUACCUGGGGUUAGAGGGCAGGCAGGUCCUCCGGGUAUCCAGGGUGAAGACGGUGAAGUGGGCCUCCAGGGAAUGAUUGGAAAGGAAGGUCAAAAGGGAAGCAGAGGAGUCCCCGGACACAACGGAAAGACCGGACCCAAAGGCCAACGAGGCCGAGCAGGUCAGCACGGACCUCCUGGUAUUCAUGGACUGCUGGGUUUGAGAGGCCCACCAGGAGAAGAGGGAGCAGAAGGAAAGCCUGGUACACAGGGUGCUCCCGGCUCUGUUGGAAGCCCAGGAGAUAAAGGGACAAAUGGUUUCAGGGGAUUAGCAGGAGAGCCAGGACGAGCGGGACCCCCUGGAUCAGCGGGUCUACCUGGGCGACCUGGUCACGAUGGCAGCCCUGGAUCUCCAGGAAACAAAGGUUUAGCAGGAAAGCCAGGCCUGGGGGGUCCGCAGGGACCUGUGGGCAUGUAUGGUUACCCAGGGGCUAGAGGUCUGCAGGGAAGGCCUGGCCAUAUAGGAGAGAGGGGGGAACCCGGUGUAAGAGGACCCAUUGGAAAGCGUGGAGAGGCGGGACCACCUGGUCUGACAGGACCCGCGGGUGAGAGAGGACCACCGGGACCUCAGGGUCGUCAAGGAGAGAUGGGAGCAGUUGGCAUAAAAGGACCACCUGGUAUACCAGGACCGCCAGGUAUGGUUGGAAUACCUGGAAAGCUGGGACCCCCUGGAAGUCCAGGACCUCAGGGGUCUCGUGGCAAAGAUGGGCCUACUGGAUUGCCAGGCUCGCGAGGAGCUGAUGGAGCAGUUGGUGUGCCUGGGGAAAAAGGAGAUCAGGGAGCUCCAGGACCAGGUGGUGACCUUGGUUCUCCUGGAUUGGAUGGACAGCAGGGUUAUCCUGGUCGAUCUGGGUUAGAAGGACCGCCAGGGAGAAAAGGGGACCAUGGUUCAGCAGGACCACAUGGAAAACCUGGAUUGACUGGACCUCCAGGAGAACCAGGGCACCAAGGCUCUCCAGGGAUGCAAGGAGAGCCAGGACCAAGGGGCAAAGAGGGAGCUCUGGGUCUUAUGGGUAGUUCUGGAGAUCCAGGUCCCAGAGGUCAGAAGGGUGACGUUGGCCUGCAAGGUGUCACUGGACGAUUAGGGCCCCCAGGAGUGUUUGGGAACCGUGGAGACAAAGGGGUCAAAGGGGAUAAGGGCUUCGUCGGGCUGCUUGGUCAGAACGGACUAAUGGGGAAGAUUGGACCACCAGGAUUGAUGGGCCUACAGGGUUUGAUGGGCCCACGUGGAGGACCUGGGGCAGAUGGACAAACAGGGCCAAAGGGGGAUUCUGGUGUUACUGGACUAACAGGCUUAUCUGGAGAACUAGGCGACCAGGGUACAGUCGGACAAAGAGGAGUAAAGGGCGAGGUGGGCAAACCUGGACCCCAGGGAUCCGUUGGCCCUAGGGGCCCUGAAGGCUUGCUGGGCCAUAAAGGCUUACCUGGAACAGAGGGACGGAAAGGUGACCCUGGAAAGCCAGGGCCUCCAGGAGAGCUGGGACCAGAGGGCUUUCCAGGAAUCAAAGGCCCUCCAGGACUUCCAGGAUUAGAGGGCCUUCAAGGAGAGCUGGGACCUGAUGGACCUGUUGGUUCUCCAGGACCACAGGGUCCAAAGGGCAGAUCUGGUUCUGAGGGAAGAGAGGGCCAGAAAGGUCAGAAGGGAAAAGAUGGCCGAGAUGGGCAGCCUGGAAUGACUGGGAAUGCUGGGCGAAGGGGUAAAAAAGGCAAAGCUGGACAGAGAGGUCUGAGAGGGGCCAAAGGACAGAAGGGUCAUCUAGGACCUGUUGGACUGACUGGACCACCAGGAAGACAAGGCUCAUAUGGUUUUCCAGGCAUUUUGGGCGAUAAAGGAAAUAAAGGUGAACAAGGGCCACAGGGAGAGAAAGGUGACAUGGGGCCACCGGGUCCUCCAGGGAUUGAUGGCAUGAAGGGGGAUCAAGGCCUUGGUGGUCAGCCAGGCAAACGUGGCACAAAAGGAGAGCAGGGUGAUAUCGGGCCGACAGGGCCGAGAGGGAGACCAGGUCUGCCGGGCAUGCCUGGGUUAUUCGGAGAAAAGGGCUUAAAAGGGUAUCCAGGCCUUACUGGAUCUGCAGGGCUGAGAGGACUUCCUGGCCCAGCAGGUCCUCCAGGGCCUCCAGGGUUGUCUCUAAACCUCACACUGACUCAACUAAAGGAUCUCAUGUAUCAGUCAGACAAGCCCAACUAUCCUCUCAUCAGAACUCUGCUGGACUCCCUUCAGCAGGACCUGCGACUCUUCAUAGAUCCACCAGAUGGCACAAAAGAACAUCCAGCCACAACCUGCCUGGAGCUCAUGAUGUGCCAUCCCAACUACACUGACGGAAUGUACUACAUUGAUCCAAACCAAGGCAAUCCUGCAGAUGCUCUUCUAGUCUACUGCAGCUUCAGCUCAGGUGGGCGGACAUGCCUGUCUCCACUCAAACCACAGGUACCAAAGAAAGCCUGGCUGAAGGAUUCUGAGGCAGACUCUUUUACCUGGCUCAGUACCAUGGAAGGAGGCUUUCAGUUGAAUUAUACAGAUAUCGGUGUGGUCCAGACGAGGUUUCUGCAGCUGAACAGCAGGCUGGUCACGCAGAACAUUACGUUCUCCUGCCAGAGCAUGAGCAGGCAGGGCUCGAGCGAGAGAGAAAUCAGGUUCCUCGCAGAUUCCCGCAGACAGAGCUUCAUGGGGACGUUACGCGAUUGUGUGCCGCUGGAGGAGCUGGAUACGGGGCCUCAGGAGUCGGUGUUCCAGUUUGAAACCGAAGACUUGGGCCUUCUGCCAAUCAGAGACUUGGCUUUGUUCGGCCACAGUGACCUCACCCAAGACUUUGGAUUUACUAUUGGACCUGUGUGCUUCAGCUAGAAGCACUACAACAACUCUGCAACCACCCUCCAAACACACACACACACACACACACACACACACACACACACACACACACACACACACACACACACACACACUCACACACUCCCUACAGACUGCUGACUGCGGAGAUGCUGUUAAUUGGUCCCUUGUUAAGCGCAGCAGGAUUUGCAGGCAGAAGGAGUGAGGCCGUUCUUCAAGAUCUACACAUAACAAGCAUUGUUUUUUCCCUCUCAAGAAGAGAAAGAAGAAUGAAGCAGCUCAAAAGUUAAACAUUUAUCAGAUAUACGGUUGCAAAAAUAGUUGCACACAGAAGGGAUAAAAGGUACAAACAACAAAUGAUUUUAAAAAUGAAAGAAAUAAGGGAAAUCAGAUAUACAGGAAACUCUUGGGCAUACUGUAUUUAUUGAGUUUCACAUACAGAAGUAGUGUAUAAUGCAACAUCAAGUAGUUGUAGAGGUUCCUAAUGGUGUACUGUGAUAAUCCAUUCUGUGUAGCUUGAAUAUUCACACAGUAGAAGUGUUGAUAUUGUUUCUAAAAGCAUCCCACACCUAUUUUUUACCCAAUUACCCAACCCACUCUUUAGGACUCCCCCUAUCACUAGAACACCCCAACACCAGAAGGGUGAAGACUAGCACAUGCCUCCUCCGACACGUGAAGUCAGCCACCGCCUCUUUUUGAACUGCUGUUGAUGCAGCACUGCCGAGUAGCAUCACAGCGUGCUCGGAGGAAAGCGCAGCGACUCGGUUCUGAUACAUCAGCUCACAGACGCAGCCUUGUGCUGAUCUACAUCACCCUUUGGAGUGAUGAGGGGGAAAGAGCAGCAUCUACCCACCUGGAUAGCAGAGAGAGCAAGACCAUUUGUGCUCUCUCAGGGCUCUGGCAGCUGAUGGCAAGCUGCAUGACCGGGAUUUGAAUCAUCAAUCUCCCGAUCAUUGUGCCAGCAUUUAGCCAGCUGGACCACUCAGAGCCUACAUGGGUUCAUUUCUGUUGAUUGGUUCCUUUUGGGUACAGCUAUUUUUUCGGAUGGUGAGUGUAUGUAAUUAUGUAAUUAAAAUCUCGCAAUCCCCCCCAAGAGUUGGAUUAAGACAUAGUUUAUUGACUUGUUGCUCAUUGGCAAUGAUACUUCACUGCACACAUUCCUGAAAGGAACAGUUUUGAAUUGUAUAUUGUUUACAAUGCUUUUAUUUUGAAUUUGAUUGAUGCUUGUUGGAUUUAUUAUUUAUAUAUGUAUAUUAUUGUUGCAGUGGUGCAUGCUGCCAUCCAGGUUUCUUCUAAAGCUGUUAGUAAUGCUGUACAGACACUCAAAGGUUUGCUCAAAGAUGCACUCUUUUUUCAGGUUAUCAUAUAAGUUAUGACCAAACGCACUGUGAUCUCAAUGGCGUCCUCAUCCGAGAUGGGUUUUAAACAGAAAAGUCUGAAAAGGAAGAUACAGCUAAAGAUUGUCAGAUAAAAGAUUAUCAGAUCAGUGGAUGGAUAAAACUGUACAGUACAUUUUCUAAAAAAAAAAAAUCAAAUGCAAUAUAUAAUAUAGCUAGUCCUAUGCAAAGUUUGGCCAUUAUGGGCCAAAUGACAUUUGGUAUUUAUUUCAAUUGAAAUGGAAAAGAUAUAUCUUGGAUAGUAAACGUAAUCAAAUAUGCAUUCAGCAGAUCCUAAUGCAAAGUUACUCUUUUUUUUUCCAUAAAAUAUAUGUAUAUUUAAAAUCUAAAUAAUCAGUGUGGCCUGUGAACAUUUGAGUACUAGGGCCCUACCUUACACCCUGCACAAGAUGCGUCAUGAUGCUCAUUGCUAUAUGCAAAACUUUUGUUAUAAUGCAACAUCAAGUACUUGUAGAGGUUCCUAAUGGUGUACUGCGAUAAUCUAUUCUGUGCAGCUUGAAUAUUCAUACAGUAGGAAUGUUGAUACUGCGUCCAAUAGCAUCCCACACUUUUUUGUAACUUAUUUCUAAUUUUAUUCAAUUUUCUCCACAAUUACCCAACCCACUUACUAGGGCCCACCUCCUCCCCCUCCCCAUCACUCAUAAUGUCAACACUUGGAGGGUGAAGACUAGCACACGCCUUCUCCUCUAAUACAUGUAAAGCCAGCCACCACCUCGUUUAUAACUGCACCCAGAAAGAGCAAAGCCAGGUGUGCUCUCUCUGACUCCAGCUGCUGAUGCCAAACAGCAUGACCUGGGAUUUAAACCGGCAAUCUUCGAAGAGUGCAAAGAUGCACUCUUAUUUCAGGUCAAAAAUCGAAAUAAUCAGCGUGGCCUGAUCUCUGUAAUGUUGUUUAACUGAGACUUUGUCACAAAAAGGUCAACUUUCAAAUUUUGCUGCAGAACAUCCAGAUAGAUUUUUGCCUUUACCAAGUCCUGCUCAAACAUUUACUCAGGUCACAUUGAUUAUUUCUAAACGUCAUUGUGGCAAAAACGUGUCUAAACUUUUGCAUAUGAAAGAGUAUUUUUCUGGUUUAUUCUAUAAUAAGCUACAAAAAAAGAUUACAUAUAUUCACUCAUAAGCAACUACACUGUUCAGUAAAUAGAUAACGGAUUACAGAUGAUGAUGUUGCACAGCUGGCUGACACAGAUGCUGCUGUUUGAAGCUGCGCUUUUUGUUCAGGUCAUUUUAAUUGUUUUUUUAUUUUAAUUUUCUUGUCCAGAUCUGUAUGAAGAUUUGUGUUUAAAGUUCAUAAUGUUUGAGAUGUGUUAAUUUAUAUGCUGGUCAUUGAGUUAAGGACAUUAUGACAAGAUGUAUUAUACAGUAUAACUAUCCAAUAUUUUCUUGAUGCAAUAAAAUGUUCUGUCAGUGA